UGCAGUACUGCAAAGUGUGAAGGGAGAGAGAGGAGGGAGGGGAGGGGGUACCGCACUGUCGUUACGAGUCCAAGUGGAGAAGGCAGGAGGAGAGACGCAUUAUUGCAGUAGCCUACAGUGCCACAGCACUUUACUUCCCACAAGACGCACAUCCGUCCGCGCAGACAGAAAGCCCGAGAGAGGUGGGGGGCGACAGAAAUCAAAGACAGACAACAGAUUUCUCAUGACUGGACUUUUUUUUCCUCCCUCCCCGUUAAUUUAGAAAUUGCACGCAUUUGCCAGUAGCUUAUAGAAGAGGCAACUCAACAACCAGCCAAUCAGCGCUGCGUCUCCGCAUCCAGGAGCAGCUCUGCCAGGACUCAGCAUCACUCGGAGGAGCUGCGUGCAGCCCUGCAGGAAUAUAAACACCCGAGGAUUUCUCCUCAAUGGAUUAUCAUUUGCAAGUACUUUUCUCUUGAGCUCGCGUCGUCCUCCUUCACUUCCUGCCACACGGUGAAUUAUCGCCCGGCCCGUUUACGUGUCUCGGUAUAUUGCGGUACUUUUGCUGACGACUUGCAGUAUAAAUGCAUCGCUAGAAGAAGAUCGGCUCCACUGCGCAAAGACCCUCCGCCUGUGUUUACUGUGCGCGUGGCACUUUCAUCACUUUGCUAAUUGAAAAUUUGGACUUUCGUUUGGACCAGUGCCUAUAAAUUCUCCUCUUGUGUUUUUUCCUGUGAUCUUGCUGCUUUUUUUCUUCUUCUUCUCGUGUUGUACUUCAGACCCUCCCUCUCCACCUCACAGCCCGUCACCCCUCCUCCUCCUCCGCUGCCCGUGAGUCAGUUCAAACAGCUGCAUAGAAGAUGUCUGCCCCAGAUGCUGCUGCUGCCCCCCCAGGUGGAGCCCCCGGUGCUCCAGGAGCCCCUGGUGCAGAUGGAGCUCCAGGCGGCGGACCUCCCGCCCCACCCAACACCACCAGCAACCGCAGGCUACAGCAGACACAGGCCCAAGUCGAGGAGGUGGUGGAUAUCAUGCGGGUGAAUGUGGACAAGGUUUUGGAAAGGGACCAGAAGCUUUCAGAGCUGGAUGACAGAGCGGACGCUCUCCAAGCCGGAGCCUCCCAGUUUGAAAGCUGCGCAGCUAAGCUAAAGAACAAGUACUGGUGGAAGAACUGCAAGAUGAUGAUCAUGAUGGGAAUCAUUGGAGUCAUUGUGGUUGGAAUAAUAUUCUUGUACUUCUUCCACUGAGCUCAGCCCAUCAGUACAGAUUGAUACGGACUUGAGAAUGAUAUGAGAGGGAAGAGAAAAAAAAAAAGAUACCCAAGCGCCACUCCUCCCCUUUUAUCCGUCCUCUCCUUCCUCUCUUCACACAGUCUUCCAUCAAUCAAACCAUCUUGCACUUAUACAUGACAGUAGUGUUUAUAGGUGUCUCCGCUCUCUUUGUCCCUGCUCUCCCUCCCUUCUUGUUGCUUUCUUCCACUGUUUAAAUUCUCACUCACAUCCUCCUGUCUCUGCACCUCAUGUAUUAUUGAAGGACGCAGCAGGCGGAGUGAAAGAGGGAGAAAGGAAGGGAAGGAGGGAGGGAGGGAGAAUAUUCUUGUGACAUGGGAACACACGGGGCUUAGGCCUCUGAACGAAGCAACGAGGGGAGAGAUGUACAAUAUGCAGGAUGUGAAUGUGUGCAGGGAGAUUGAACAAGAGUUUGCAGUCCUUUCUACCCCAGAUAUGCCAAAGCUUGUUCAUAUUACCUUUUUUGAGAGUCCUACAUUUGUAAGUUGAUACUGACAUGCCUAACUAACACACUCCUCUCACAACUGCUACCGUCAUUGCUACUUACUAACACAAGGUCACAAGGUUAGAUUAAUAUUAGAAACAUUUCUGUAGUACGUGUGUGUAUUUGUGAACCAAAGCAUUGUAGCCAGUAGCUUUUUUCCGAGUUUAGCUGACAGGCUUUUAUGAGUAACUUUUUCGUUUCCUUUCCCGCCCUAACUUUCUGCAACGUUCAGAACCGACAAUGAGAGGAAGAAAUUCAAAAAGGGAAAGGGAGACUGUGUGAGAGCAUAAGGAAAGGAAGAAGUGAUUCAGGGAAAAGUAGCUCGCAUUGUUUCCCUAUAUAAACCACACUAACUUCAAAUUCUGGACUGAUAAGCAAUUAUUAAUAGAAUAUAACUAUGCUUCAUUUUACCUGGUUUUUGUACCACAGGUGGAGUCAUAGUGGUAGUGUUGUGCUUAGUGGCAGAAUAAUAUGCACAGCAAGGCAAGCAGCCACUAACAGACAAUCUACUGUACACAUGAACUGACCCAGAGGAAGGUCUCAUAACUCUGAUGUGGACAGAGUCACAGCCAUAGACAGAUGAAUGUGUAACGUCACAUUUAAAAACACUAAAUAAAAAAAAAAACAGGUACAAAUGCCAACUUGUUUUGGAAGUUGUGCAGACAAAGCGUUUGUUUGACUGUUGUUUAAGUUGAUCUGAUAUUUAAAAAGCAGGAAAAUGGGAGAAAGGACAUGAUUUAGAAACCCAGAGCCACCUGCCCCCACCCCUCCAACCCUCCCCUCACUCACAUAAAAACAGACUCACCUGCAGUAAAUGCAAAAUGAGGUGUUUCUUUCUAACUUGCAUGGCAAACCGUGUCCAUAGUUUUGCCUUUUUGUGUGAUCUGUGUAUCUGCCAUUUCUGAAUCUAACUGCCGAUUGUACAUUUUCUUUUGUUAGUGGUUUAAAGGACCUGUGUAUAAUGUCUUUAUGAUCUGAUAAUUACUGCUUAUGCAAUGCAGCGAUGCUCAAAAGUUUGCCAAAUUUGAUUAAUUUCACUUGCUUUUGAGAUAAAAAAAAAUACUACUAUUCAGAGACUGCAAACAAAUGCUACUAUAGUGACCUGUUUAAAAAUAUGUAGUAUUGUAUGGAUAGAACAAUAGUGCACAUGUGUCGGAUAAUGCUCCUAAAAAUGUGUUUAUAAAUUCUUUAAGGUUUUUUGGGGGGGUUGUUGGAUAUAAAGAAAAUCUAAUUUUCCUCUCUUGGGACUUAUUUUGAGAGUUGAUAAAAUUAAGAUGCAUAAUUGUAGCAGUUAGUUAUAAUUACCUGAUGAUAUUGUGCGACAGUAUUAUGAGGUAAUUACCACAAGAGAUACAAGAGUACAUGUUUUGUGAUUUACAACCUGAAAAUGCAGUAAGAUGAUGCAGCUGGAUUUGCGAAAAACAAAUGCAUGCUUACCACUUUUGCUGAUGCCAAUAAAGAAAUCAUCAACAAAACUGA